UCCAUCUCUUGAACAAAAGGUCAGCGAUAUCGGAUAUCGUUCCCUUCCGCGUCACUCUGUUUCUCAGGCGGUCAAUUUAUUUUAAAAAAUAAAUAAAUAUUUAAUCUGCAAUAAAUUCACAAAAAAUUAUCAUUUUAAUGUAAAACUAAGCUUUGAAAUUAAUUUUUGCCCAAUGCUAUUUUUAAAUCCAAAUAUGUGUACGAUCGAGCUCAAUAAUGGCGGUUAGUGAAGCUACGGCAAGGAUUAUCUUAAUUUCUAGCACCUGGGGAAGGCAGCUUAGGGGGUACGGAGUUGGUUACUGAAGAUUAAAAGGAGUUAUAUUUUGUCGUGGUGAUUUGCUUAACUUUUAGUUAUGGAGCUCCUUAGUGAUUUACUUGUGUUUUAGGUUGAACUGUCUGUAUUUGCAGAGGGAAGUUUCUAGAUGAACGUUUAUAGCGAUGAUGAGAAAGGGUUCCGAGAACUAAAUCAUCAGCUAUAUGAUGGUAACAAGAGAACUGUAAAUGGAGUUGUGGCUGAGGAACAUGCGAUGCUAGAAGGAGAUGAUUUGAAUGUUAACAAGAUUGCACAGAAUGUAAGAGAUGGUCAUGUUAGGGAUGUUCAAGCCCCUGCUGUGCUGCAAAUGCCACAGCAACGGCCUCAAAAUUCCACGGGUUGUUGGGAGAGGUUUCUGCAUCAAACAUCAAUUAAGGUUCUGCUUGUAGAAAAUGAUGAUUCUACUCGACAUGUUGUCACUGCGCUUCUGCGCAAUUGCAGAUAUGAAGUUGUUGAAGCUGCAAAUGGAUUGCAAGCAUGGAAGAUAUUAGAAGAUUUGACCAAUCAUAUUGAUCUUGUAUUGACUGAGGUCGUUAUGCCUUGCUUAUCUGGCAUUGUUCUUUUGAGCAAGAUUAUGAGCCACAAAACACGUAAAAAUGUUCCUGUGAUCAAUUUGCGUGCAGUGAUGUCAUCUCAUGAUUCAAUGGGUAUAGUUUUUAAGUGUUUAUCAAAAGGUGCCGUUGACUUUUUAGUGAAGCCUAUUCGAAAGAAUGAGCUUAAGAACCUUUGGCAGCAUGUUUGGAGGAGAUGCCAUAGUUCUAGUGGUAGUGGAAGUGAAAGCGGAACACAAACUCAAAAAUCUGUGAAAUCAAAAUGUGUUGAGAAGUCUGACAACAAUACUGGCAGCAAUGACAAGGAUGAUAAUGGGAGCAUCGGUCUAAAUGUUGGGGAUGGUAGUUAUGAUGGGAGUGACACUCAGAGUUCAUGGACGAAACAAGCAGUAGAAGUUGACAGCCCCUGUCCAGUCUCACCCUGGGAUCGAGUUGCUGAGUGCCCUGAUAGUACAUGUGCCCAAGUUAUCCAUUCAAAUGCAGAAUUAUCUGGGAACAAAUGGGUGCCAGUCACCACAGCAAGGGGGUGUCCAGAAUGGGAUGAACAGCUUGGCAAUGUUGCGAUGGGUAAAGACCUGGAUGUAGGCAUGCCUAGAAAUGUAGAUUUACAACUAGAGUGCUCGGUUGAGGUCCCAAUCAAGACAGUAGGAGCAAAACAAAAUAACCUGCUUGAGAUGAGCUCCAGUAAAUUCGAUGAACAGAUUGAUAAAAGGCAGCUGGACCUCAAUAGUGAAAGCCCAUCCAGAAAACUAACGUCUGAAGCUGCUAAUCAAACUGGCAUCGCCUCUAAGAGUACUGAUCUUAAGAAGGAAAGUGCAGAGUAUGAGGCUUCAAACAAGAUUUCCAAGAUCUCAGACAGCAAUGAUAAAACCAUCAAUGAUUGUAAAGAACUACUACCAUCUAUUGAACUUGGGUUGAAGAGACUUAGAGGAGUUAAAGAUUCUGGUACUGUGUUUAGGGAUGAGCGAAAUGUUUUGAGACGUUCAGACUCUUCAGCUUUCUCAAGGUAUAAUACGGCAUCAAAUGCAUAUAAGGUUCCCAUUGUCAACAUUGGAAGCUCAUCUACAAUUGAUAAUAAUUUAGAACUGACAAGAAAAGGAUCAAUUUGUGAUGUUCAAUCUCAUUUGGUUAAUGACCACCCCAAUCAAUGCUCAAAUGUUGGUAGCAAUAACAUUGAUAUGGGAUCCACGACUAAUAAUGCUUUUGCCAAGCCAGCAGUUUUGAAGAAUAAGUCAGCUGCAUCAUCCACAUUCAGGUCUUCACAUCCAUCCUCUACUUCCCAGCCUAUGAAAAAUGACCUUUUAAGUGCUACUAAGAAAGAUAUAUUAGACAAGGCUGAUGAUGUAAAUACUACAGCAAGACUGGCUCAACCUAGAGGGACUCACCUAGAACACCAAAUGCAACACUCCCCACACCAUUAUGAUCAACAUCACCAGCUUGCUCACAGUAUGCAACAACAGCAGCAGCCCCCUGAACAUGAUUUGUCUUUGGAAAAAAUGGCUGCAGAUGCCCCUCAUUGUGGGUCGUCCAAUGUGUUAGGUGGGCCUGUUGUUGGAAAUGCUGGCAACUACAGUGUCAAUGGAAGUGCCUCAGGUAGUAACCAUGGAAGCAAUGGGCCAAACGGGAGUAGCACUGCUAUCAAUACUGUAGCAACAAACAUAGAAAGUGAUAAUGGAAUAGCUGGGAAAAGUGGAAGUGGUGAUGCAAGUGGGAGUGGGAGCAAGGCAGACCAGAGCAAGUCUGCUCAUAGGGAAGCUGCAUUGACCAAAUUUCGUCAGAAGAGAAAAGAGAGAUGCUUCCGGAAAAAGGUUCGAUACCAAAGCAGGAAACAAUUAGCAGAACAACGACCUCGCAUCCGAGGGCAAUUCGCACGACAAACAUUGAACGACCCAGCAUCCGAAGGCAAUUCAUGUGACAAAUAGCAAAGAGGUGGCUGAUACAAGAUUUGGUACAAUCAUUCUGAGAAGACCUUGAUGUAGACUAUUGGAGAAUGUUUUGAUGAACUGUAUUUUAUUCCUGUACACACCUCUCUUUUUUUUCCUUUAUAAUUUGUUGUUAUGGACUUAAACUUGGGCCUUGGGGGAACUGAAGGAGGUAGAAGACUUCUAUAAUAAGACCUCAUAUCGUUUCGUGUGCUGGAUUGAUGAACAUCAUUAAAAUUUAAAACACAAUAGGUUGCUUUGAGAACUUUUUAAUCAUGUUCCAUUGGUUAGUUUCUGAAGUUUCUUAAUCGAGAUUUAGUUCUGAAGGUAUCGUUGGAAUUAAACUACUUGACUAUCGUUUGAUUGGGUAUUUGAAGACAUUGACAUGUCAAUUUGCUGAAGAGUUUGGACAGAGAAGUGAGCAUUGGAAAAGCCCAAAAAGAAAGUGGCCCAGUUUUUUUGAAAUAUCAACCUUCUUAUUCACGAUUGCUUCCUUUGAUGGUCAGAAAGAGCA